CUAGCAUCAUUGUUGUACUUGUAGUGGCCAUACGCCUCACGCGCAGAGCUUUACCGCAGCCAGCGUCGCUGCCACCUACUGUUUCGGAUACUCCCUUUUCCAGUAUGGUUUAUUGUCAAGCAUUUGUUUAGUCGUAGCGACGCUCGCCACGUCUACACAGAGCAUGUUGCCUGCGGACUGAGCGGCCCGCCAUAUUUGAGGAUGGCAUCAUUGGUACCGGCGACAGUUCUCCUUUAAGUCCCGUUGGCUUUGGAUAGAUUGUACUCGCUUAUAGCCAAUAAGUAUGGCAACCACCAGAGCCUUCUUUCAGAGAGCUUUAAUAGGGUUGCUAGCCGCUUUACUUACCAGCUCCUUCACCCAGCCAACAGCAGAGGCCUAUUUUAACGGUUACGUCACCUGGGCACAGCAAUGUAUAGGGAAUCCUUCCAACACAGCCUGCAGCUCAGCGGCGACCGAUUUCUUCGACUUUGUCUACGCAGUUGCGACAGGGGCGGACCCGACGGUGGGCACCGUCCAGCUUACGGCAACCUGCAGGAGUUGCGCUUCUGCUUUAGAUACAGCUUUUACCGCUGUCCUGCCGUCUAGUGACUCUGGUUCCUGCCCGUUGCUACCCAACCGGAAUGAAUCAGCCCUAGUGGCCACAGCCCUGCGACGGUUCAGCUGCUGGGGCACAGACACAUCUGGCAGCAGUAGCAGUGCUGGCGGAGCCGGCUCCUGUGUCGUACAGGUUGCAAGCGGCCUUCGGGCAGCUGGGCUGCUUGACCGCGUCAUGCGCCUGGACCCCACGCUGCGCUUCACCGGGGACGUGUUGCGGUCCGCCUGCGCCGCGCUGGCCCCCGGGCCGCCCGCCGCCCCCUCCUGCUGCGUCCGCAGCUGGGCCUACCUUGCUGCGGCGCUGGCGCACCAGGCGUGUGCGGCCGACCUGGCUCGCGAGCUGAUGUCGCUGCCGGGGCGGUGCGAGCUGCUGAGCAACAGGACGGUUGCUGGCUUCUGCGAGGCGGACUGGCCGUCCUUCCUGCUGCCGCUGCUGUCAGCGCCGCCCGCAGCCCGCUGCCAACAAGUCGCCGCAGCCCCCUCCAUCACCCCCGUCUCCACCAAGACAUCAGACUCCCCGUCUUCACCCCCACCCUCCUCGCCCUCCACCACCUCCUAUCCCCUAGCCAACACCGCCACACCUGCAACUCAAGCCUCGCCGCCUCCUCCCUCCGCGCCGGCCGUCGCGCCCCUGGCCUCCCUCUGGGUGAGCGGCGCCGCCUGCUCUGCCAGCCAGCUGGCGCGGUCGCGCUGCCCCGCCUCCACUUGCGACCUGUGGUGCGGGCUGGUGGGGCGGCUGCAGGAGCUGCAGGGAGCAGGCCUAGCGAACCUGAGCUCCGAGACCGGCGGCGGCGCCUCCGCACCUCCUCCACCCUACGUUAACAGCGGCGUCAGCAGCAGCGGCGGCGGCCACAGGCGGCUGCAGACCUCCACCCUGGUGGUGGUGUGCGUGUUCUCCGUGCUGUGUGCAGUGAUGCUGGCAGCGCUGGCGGCCUGGGUGGUGGCGAUGUGGCGUGAGAAACAAGCCGGCAUUCGGGAGAAGUUCCAAUUCAAGCUGAACUUCAACCCGGUGGCCACUACCAUGCCGCCACUCUCUACAUCCCAAGGAACCUACUCCACUCCUCCCGCAAGGCACUCCCUGCAAUCCUGGUCACAGUCCAGCAACCAACCAAACCACGUUGACGGCAACAACAAUGAAAUCACCCCCGCCGGCGCCCGAGCCCCUCACAACGGCGGCGGCGGCAUGCCAAGCAGCGGCGGGGCGGGUGGCGGCACUGACGACCGUACGGCAUACAUAACAAUCGCGGCGACAGCAUCGCCUGCUGUUUUGCCACAUCCGGCAGCAGCAGCCGUCACCGUCGGCGGCGCGUUGGCGCCUUCCAGGCUUCCUUCAGCAGCGACCUCUGCCGCCUUGAGUCCUAGCGUCUCCAUUACCCCCAAGUACAAACCCGGGAGACCCGAGCCCUCCCAGCUGCCGCCCGGCUCACCUCCCGCAGCUGCGUCGUUGGGCGUUGGUGCUGCUGCUGUUGGCGCCGGCGCUGGAAGGCUGCAGGCACCGGCGGCGGUAGCAGCGGCGGAGGCGUUGGCGCCGUCGCGUGGAAGUCUUGCUAGGGUGUCGUCGGAGCGAGGCAGGCUUCGGCGCCGGCUGUCGUAUAGUGGUACAGAUGAAUCGGCGGCGCCAGCGGCGGCGCCUCCGCCGACGCCUCCGAAUGGCGGGGCGAUCAAUGCCGGUGGCGGGGUAACCUCUCCCAAUGUCUCACCAACGCCUGCACCGGCAUCUCUGAUGCUACCUGCAGACGAGGCAGGCGGAAUCGGGAUGCAGCCACCAUACCGAAUGGGUUUGGAAGCACCCGGUACGGCAGCCGUAGCAGCGGUGCCAACGCCCUUCACGACAACGGCAACAGCGCCAUUGGUCCUACCAAGCAUCGCCGGCCGCGUCGGCAGCGCCGGCGGCAGUAGCAGCAGCCUAAACAGGCUCAGUAGUGGCAGCGGUAACAGCACCGGAGGCGCCAGUGUUGCGGCUUUGGGAGCAGACCGAUCGCAGCAAGAACUGAGGCGUCGGGGCUCGCGAGGUGGGGCCUGAGUGGGUGACGUCAGGCGACGGCGGCGGUGGUGCCGGGCGGCAUCUACCAAUACACGCAUGCAGCUACCCGACGCGCGGAUGCCUGCGUGUGGGAGCGUUGCUUCGCGAAACCCCCUGCCUAUCCGCUGCUCUGCCGCUAUUUAUCGUUGGCUUUUGGUUGGUGGCCUUGCUUGGUAGCCGAUUCCGGUUCUACCGUUACCUGUGUUGGUAUGUGUUUGCGUUGUUGUUGUUGCGCUCGUUCAUCGGGUCUGAGCGCGCGAUUAUUAUAGUGUGUUGUAGCGAUGGCUAGAUUAGUAUAUAUAAGUGGUGUGGACAGCACCCGUCUCCGUUGCAGGCUUGGCACUCAGUGUGGGUUCUGCUCAAACCGCCUUACGUAAUACAGUGCUGAUGAGAAGCUUCGCAGACCUAAUGCCAAUGCAUGGCUGCGGGUGCGAUGAGUCGGUGAGAUGCGGCAGGAGGUGGUCAGGCGUGUGUGGUAAGGUGUAGAAUGCUCACGAUAAAGCUUUGUGAGUGCAGGGAUUGCGGCUGGGCUCACUACUGGUGGCAUGACCCAUGGGUCAUGUCUCACGGCAUGGGCGAAGCUUGUUGGCUUCGAGGGGGCCUGGGUUGUUAUGAUGCAAGCACUUGGCGGGCGAUGGAAUGACACUGUCGCCAUAACGGGUUGAUGAUGACGCAUUAUUCCUUACCAAACGCGGGUUGGCAAAUGUUGGUUGUGGACUGUUGACGAAAUGGUAAAGGUCCGCCGAUUCCCGGUUGUUUGGGGCGAGCCAUCGCUUGCCCUUGCCGUUGUUGCGUCCGUAUGUGUGAUUGCUUGUCGUCAUCCUGUUACGUUUGUAGCGAUAUUGAUUGUUAGUCUUAUCCUGAUCUUCUCUCUUACAUUGAAUGGACACAUUUGGGUUGCUGCCUGCGCUUGAUGCUAUUGAUGGUACGACACGGCACGGAGAAAAGCCGAGAACGGGAUAUGUGAGCGAUUAGCCAGCAGGAGUUUUGUUAAUUUUCUUAUUUCCUGUGAUGCUCCUCCUGUGCCGCUUGCUUCGGCGGAGCGGGGGUUCUGGCGUCGCAGGUUGCCUCUGUGAUGGAAAGGCGUUCGACACGGUUAUGCCUGCGAUCGAAAUCCGCAGGGCUGUUGACAACAACCGUGAUUGUUGUUGCGGUUGCAGGUUUUGGUAGCUCUUCUACAGCCAGACGAGCCUGCUUCCGUUGUUGGUUUUAGGGUUUGUGGCUGCUGAUUCCGAGCCUGCUCGUGCGCCGGAAAGGAAUAUGUCUGGGUUGUGACUAACACAGCUAGCAAGUUACCGCUUUGAUGACUUGGCGCGAGUCGCAAUCCGCCGUCUGUUGCCAAACGUAACCCUGGUCGGCGUCUUUGCGCGCGUCUGUGCACAUGUGACGUGAAGAUUUGUGACCAAUUGACUCUUGGACGGGCGUGAUUGGCAACGCAUACAUCGGUUUCAAUUCGAAGGUGUGCCAGAUGCACAGCUGACGAUGUCCUCUGUUUUAACGUCAAGGUGCUGGCGAUGUGUAAGGGCUGUUUCGGGCGUUGUACGGGGUACAUGAAGUUCUGCAUGCGUGCAAGUACAACAUAGAAUGUGCCAUGCGCCUCUCACACACAUACAGGUGUGCGUGUCGUAAUUGUUGUUUCUUGUUCUUGUAUAGUUAGGGUCACACAGUAAUCUACAGGCUGUCAUGUAGUCUUUCUGUACAUUUGAUACGGGGUGGGAUAAGGUAGAUAGUUCGCGCCUUUUGAAAAGCACGACGGGUAGGCAUGUUUGCCCCCACAUAUGCCGCUCAUGUCGACCGCUUCAUUGGUACCGUGUUUGAGGUUUCGGCCGCUUGAUGGGGCGAGCAGGAGGAGGAGGAGGUCAGUCUCUAGCACGGGCAUGAGACGAUGGAGGUCUUGCGGGCAUGGAGGUCAUUCAUUCAGGAUGGCACUCAUGUUGCCUGAGGUGUAAAAUGACGAAUUCAAGUGUAGUCCGCGAUACCUCGAUAUUGCUCUGAAUCCAAGUUGACAACUGCUUAUUUGUGCACUCUAGUACAAUACUCUCCCUUGCUCUACCCACCGUGCCUAGCAUUCUAGUGCUUGGGCUUGGGCUGCUUUGUACGGCACUGAGAGGACCAAGCUGUAACCUGUGCUGUGAA